AUGCUUCGACGAGGACUACUAACCAUUGGAAAAGCGGCUCGAGUGCGCUCAUCGGCUCGCUGUUUGCAAUAUGAUGCAUUUGUUGAUAGACAUAUCGGACCUACUCGACUGGAACAACAACAAAUGCUAGAUUUUGUCGGUUUCAAGGAUCUUGAUGACCUCACCAAUACGAAUGUUCCCAACAUGAUAAAGGUAGAGAAAGAGCUAGACAUGCCGGCACCAUUAGAUGAGUACAAAAUGCUGAAAGAACUUGAGAAAAUUGCAUCGAAGAACAAGAUCUAUAGAUCCUACAUUGGUCUCGGAUACUACGACACAAUCGUGCCAGCGGUCAUUCAGAGAAACAUCCUUCAAAAUAUUGGAUGGAUCUCCCAGUAUACUCCGUACCAAGCGGAAAUCUCGCAAGGUCGAUUGGAAUCGUUACUCAACUAUCAAACGAUGAUCGCUGAUAUCACUGGACUUCCUCUGACGAAUGCCAGUCUUUUGGACGAAGCUACCGCAACUGCCGAAGCGGUUGCGCUGGCAGCGAGAUACACAAAGAGAUCCAAAGUGGUUCUUGAUAAAUUCUUACAUCCACAAAAUCUGGAUGUCGUUAAAACUCGAAGUGAUCCGUUGGGAAUCAAUCUUGAAAUUUCGGAUGCUGUGGAAAAUCUUGAGUUUGAUGACAAAAUUGCCGCGGUUGUCGUCCAAUAUCCAAAUACCGAGGGAAGGAUUCAUCAAUUCGACGAACUUAUUGAAAGAGCCCAUGCAAAUAAGUCUCUUGUUAUUAUGGUAACUGAUCUUCUCGCACUCACCAUUCUCCGUUCACCUGGAGAUCUUGGAGCUGACAUUGCCGUUGGAUCCGCACAACGAUUUGGAGUUCCACUCGGAUAUGGUGGACCACAUGCUGGAUUUAUGGCAGUCGCUAAAACUGACGCUAAAAACUCGCUGAGCAGAAAUAUGCCGGGACGAAUUAUUGGAGUUACCAAGGAUGCGAAUGGAAACCGUGCUCUUCGAUUAGCUCUUCAAACGCGUGAGCAGCACAUUAGACGAGACAAAGCCACUAGCAACAUCUGCACGGCUCAAGCUCUUCUCGCCAAUAUGUCGGCUAUGUAUGCCGUUUAUCACGGACCAAAGAGACUUGCAGAAAUUGCGAAAGGAGUCCAUAAAAGCGCUGCUUAUGUUGCCCAUCAUUUAAAGAAUGCGGGACACGAAGUUGAGCACAAGGAUUAUUUCGACACACUGAAAAUUCGUAUGAAGAGUGGGGAAUCCCUUGAGCAAUUAAAGAAACGAUCUGAAGAAUUGCAAAUCAAUUUCAGAUAUUAUGAUGAUGGAUGUGUUGGACUUUCGCUGGAUGAAACUGUGAAAUCUGAAGACCUUAUGGAUAUCAUUUAUGCGUUCAACGGGGAAACUGAAAGAGAUUUGACCAAAUUAAGACAAGAGAGAUGGGAAAUGGCAUGCCCGUUGAUUGGAAAUUCGCCGCAUGCUAGAUCAUCGCAAUACCUUCAACAUCCAAUUUUCAACACUUAUCACAGUGAACAACAACUUGUCAGAUACAUGAAACGUCUCGAAAACAAGGAUGUGUCUCUUGUUCACUCUAUGAUUCCUUUGGGAUCAUGCACGAUGAAGUUGAACGCCAGUGCAGAACUUAUUCCAAUUACUUGGCCAACACUUUCGUCGAUCCAUCCAUUUGCACCAGCCGAACAAGCACAGGGUUAUAAGCAGAUAUUCCAAGACCUCGAGAGUUGGCUGUGUGAAAUCACCGGAUACGACAGUUUCAGCCUUCAACCGAAUUCGGGAGCCAAUGGCGAAUACGCCGGACUUCUCUCAAUUAGAAACUAUUUGAAGCACAAAGGAGAGGAACAGAGAAACAUUUGUCUUAUUCCAACCUCUGCUCACGGCACUAAUCCAGCUUCAGCUCAAAUGGCCAACAUGAAAGUAGUUGUUGUCGAUUCUGAUCAACAUGGAAAUAUUAACUACAAAGAUUUAGCCGCAAAGGCAGAAAAGUACGCUGACCGUUUGGCUGCUGUUAUGGUGACAUACCCAUCAACUCAUGGCGUAUUCGAAUCGUCGAUACGAGAUGUCUGCGACAAAGUUCACGAGCACGGCGGCCAAGUCUAUCUAGACGGAGCCAACAUGAAUGCACAAGUCGGACUGUGCCGGCCAGGCGAUUACGGUAGCGAUGUGUCGCAUUUAAAUCUCCACAAGACGUUCUGCAUUCCACACGGAGGCGGUGGUCCAGGAGUUGGACCAAUUGGUGUCAAGAAACAUUUGGCGCCAUUCCUACCGGGCCAUUGCCUAUCACCGAUUGCCGGUCGCAAAACUGGCGCCGUCGCAUCGGCUCCAUAUGGAUCAGCGAGCAUUUUGGCCAUCACUUGGGCAUAUAUUCGAAUGAUGGGAAAUAAUGGACUCAAGGAAGCCACACAAGUCGCCAUUUUGAAUGCGAAUUAUAUGGCGAAGAGAUUGGAAAACGACUACAGAAUUGUUUACAAAGAUGAACAAGGUCUAGUUGCUCAUGAAUUCAUCGUUGACUUCAAACCAUUCAAAAAGUUUGGAAUCGAAGUUGUUGAUGUAGCAAAACGCCUUAUGGAUUAUGGAUUCCACUCGCCGACGAUGUCUUGGCCCGUACACGAUUGUUUGAUGAUCGAACCGACAGAAUCGGAAGACAAAGCGGAAAUGGAUCGACUUGUUGAAGCUCUAUUGGCGAUUCGUGAAGAAAUUCGAAUGGUUGAAAAUGGAACAUUUGAUAAGCAUUUGAAUCCAUUGAAGAUGGCUCCACAUACUCUGGAAAAAGUUGUAUCUGAUGGAUGGAACCUACCAUACCCGAGAGAGUUGGCUGCAUUCCCGAAACCAUGGUGCCACCACAAGUCAUGGCCAACUGUUGGAAGAGUUGACGAUCAAUUCGGAGACCGUAAUCUGGUGUGCACUUGCCCACCAAUCGAAGAUUAUCAAUAA